ACCACAAGCGAGCCUCGCUUAGCGGAACGUCUUCCCGAUAAGAGCUCGGACACAACACGAGGCUCACUUGUUUUCAACCUUGCACGCGCCCAUCUUCUCGCGCGAGCUCUUCAGCUCUCUCCCUUUCACGACCCACGACGACGUCGAGCAUAGCGGCGACGGCGGUGACGACCCUCAUGCCCCCCUCCAUCCCCCACGCGGCGUUGGAGCCUCUCUUCCUCCUUCGCGUACUCUCGCCCAGCAUCGUCCUACUUUCCACUCUCUCGCUGCUCUUCAAGCGCCCCUCCGUGCCCACCCAACCACAGGCCCCCUCUCCUAUCACCUCCGUCGUCGUCGCUACUCGCACGCAUCGUCGCGCUCUCAUCUAUGCCUUCCUCUCCCUGACCAGUCUUACCUUCCUCCUCGACGGGUUCGCUUUCGUUGUGUACGCCGUCGUAAACAAGGAUUGGCCUGCGUUCACCGGCCUCGAAGUCAAUGCCGUCGCCGGAGUCUUGGCGUUCGCGGGCCUCGCGGCGCUCGGGGCAUGGAAGGAAGUCAAAGGCGUCGAUGUUUGGUCCUUAAACAGGCUCAAGAUCGGCAUCUUCGGUGCCCUGGCGUUAGAUAUUGCGCAGGUCGUUCUCCUCGCUCUUGCCAUCCCUCGUCCCCUUUCUACGGUUUACUUGCUUCACCUCGCAUUCCCUUCUUUCCGUGUAUUACUAUUGGUUCCCCUCCUCUUCGCGCUCGUCUUCCCCCGCAUCGCUUACGUCCCCGUGGAGGCUCAAGAUGAAGAGACUCCGACGGAUACCAGCUUGCUUCUACCUGCACAGGACGCGGCCGCCCCUUCUGCGGGCCUUUCCCUCUCCCCGGAGGCCAGCAAGUAUGGCACCUUCCGCAGUGGCCGCACCAUCGCACCAGCCUCCGGUGUUACCACUCGUACCAACACCCCCUCCCCUUCGACCGUGCGCCUUCCGCCGACAAAGGCUCAGGAAGCAAAGGAAGAUAUCGCACUUGACCCGUCGUGGGGUGAGAUCUUCGUCCGGAUCAGGCGCAUUGCCCCUUAUCUGUGGCCAUCGAAGAGCUUCGGGCUCCAACUGCUUGCACUGUUUUGCCUGCUGAUCAUGAUCGUCGGCCGAGUCGUGAACUUCCUCGUUCCGCUCGUCUUUUCGCAGCUCGUCCGUAUCUUCGAGGAAGGCACCAAGGUGUCGCCAUGGCCGUACCUCGGCGCGUAUGUCGUCCUCCGGUUCUUGCAGUCCACCGGUGGUCUCGCUGCUCUUCGCGACACCCUGUGGAUCCCAGUCAUGCAGUAUUCCGAUAGGGAGAUGUCGCAACUGUCAUUUGAUCACCUUCUCCAGCUGUCGUUCGCGUUCCACACGCGCCGCAAGACCGGCGAAAUCCUGCGCAUUCUCGACCGUGGCGCUGCGAUCAAUCGCACCUUCGAAACUCUUGUCUUCAAUGUUUUGCCCACAUUCGCGGAUAUCGCUGUUGCGCUUGUGUUCUUCGUCAUUUACUUCGAAUGGACCCUCGCACUCGUGAUCUUCGCCGUGAUGGCGGCUUACGUCACUGCGAGCGUUGUGCUCACCAGGUGGCGUACGAAGCUCCGGAGGGCGAUGAACGACCGCGAUGUGGCCAUCCGUGGUAUUCAUACCGACUGCCUGCUCAACUACGAGACUGUGAAGUAUUUUAACGGCGAGCAGCAUGAGGGCGAACGCUACCGCGAGGCAAUCCGUCAGUACCAGAGUCUCGAGUACAAGGUCAUGGUUUCCCUUAACCUCCUCAAUCUCAUCCAGAACUUCAUCAUCUCCCUCGGCCUUCUCGUUGGAUCCAUGAUCGUCGCUCUGCGUGUUGUGCGGGGCCAGUCGCAGCCUCACGAAUUCGUGUUCUUCAUCACGUACCUCGCUCAGCUGUACGGUCCCUUGAACAUGCUUGGUUACCUAUACCGCACGAUCAAUCAGUCUCUCGUCGACACUGAGCGUCUUCUGAAACUUCUCAACGAGCCCCGGGACAUCAAUGAUAAGCCUAACGCCCCAGACCUCAUCAUCCAGGACGGCUCGCUUGAGUUCGAAAACGUCAGCUUCUCUUACGACAAGCGUACUACUGCUUUGGACGGCGUCUCCUUCAAGGUGCCCAAGGGCUCUUCGGUUGCUCUCGUGGGCGAAUCCGGCGCGGGCAAGUCCACGAUCUUGCGCCUCCUGUACCGCUUCUACGACCUCCAGGAGGGAGAGGGUCGCAUAUUGAUCGACGGCCAAGAUAUCCGCGAUGUCACUCAAGCAAGUUUGAGGAAGGCGAUCGGCGUUGUUCCUCAAGACCCAGUCUUGUUCAACGCGAGCAUUGGCUACAACAUUGGCUAUGGCAAGUUCGGCGCAACCCAAGAGGAGAUCGUUGCUGCCGCGAAGGCGGCUCAGAUCCACGACCGCAUCUUGAGCUUCCCCGACGGAUACGACACCAAGGUCGGAGAGCGGGGUAUCAGGCUGAGCGGGGGUGAAAAGCAGCGGGUUGCUAUCGCCCGAACCCUACUCAAGGAUCCUCCCAUUCUGCUUUUGGACGAGGCUACAAGCGCCUUGGACACAUCGACGGAGAAGGACAUCCAGAAGGCGCUGCAGAACCUCGUGCAAGGACGGUCGUCGCUUUCUAUCGCGCACCGGCUGUCGACCAUUGCUACUGCUGAUGUGAUUCUGGUCCUGAAGGAUGGCCGCAUUGUCGAACAGGGUACUCAUGCCGAACUUCUUGCUCUGGGUGGCGUCUUCGCCGCGAUGUGGGCCGAUCAGGUUUCCAGCAACGACGAUGUAUCCGCCCACCGGAAGUCCGCGGUUGUAUCUGGCUUCGACGUCGACGGUGCUCCGCAGGAGCCUCUCACGGAGGCCAUAGAGGCAGUCCCGCAAGUUGGCACAGAAGAGGUUGCACAGGACAAGCUCGCCGAUAACGAGGGCAGUGCGGCUCCUGAGGAGACUGUCGCCGGUACACAAGACGCGCCUGCCGUGGCCUUCCCUGUCUCAGACGAUAAAGAGGUGUCUGUAGAGCCCGUGGUCACGAGUGCGGAGCAGGCUCCUGAAGCCCCUGCUUCUGCGCCCGUCGCGUUCCCCAAUUCCGAGGAAUCGGCUCCUGUUGCGUUCCCCUCUGCCGACGAUGCCGCUCCCCCGGUCGCCUUCCCCAGCUCGGAUAGUCCCGCUCCUCUGGCCUUCCCGACUUCUCCUGAGACUGGUUCCCAGCGCGAGGGCUCGGUCGCUGAGCGGGCACCAGGUGUCACGUUCCAGGCUGCCCAGACGCCCGAACGCUCCGGCACCCCCGACCCUGAGGCGGACGGCAAGCGGAGGAGGACCUUGUCGACGCAGGGCAUUCAGCGGCUUGCGCGGCGCAUCUCGAUCACUACUCGGAGACAAGGCUCGGGGUCGAACAUCCCGUCCAUUCCCACUAUUGCGGGAUCUAUCCUUCCAUCGCUGAAGCGCCAAGACACGGCGCGGUCGAGCACGGACGAGGGCAGCGUGAAGGACGCGACCGCCUCGAAUGAGAGCCCGAGGGCAAGCGUGGCAAGCGACGUCGGAAAACCGAAGGGGUCGAAGAUCAGGAAGGAGAAGAAGGACAAGAGGAAGAGCACGUCCUGAAUGCGAGGGUCCGCAAUGGGCUGAUUCGUUCCCUUUCUGUUGUUGCACAUGACUAGGCUGUUAUCCCACCGUCUGCCACAUGCCCUCCCCCGAGCCUUCGAGGCUCUCACCACUUCCGUUUCCAUGUUUAGUGUCUGUUGAUGUUUACAUACAAACGUACAUUCACCCCUUCCAGUCACGACUCACGAUGCGACACGACAAGCGGCGGCGAUACUGUAGUAAUAGGGCGCCCAGAGGCGAACGCUCGAAGCACGCACGCAUACAUACACAUUCCCGCACAUCUCUGCAUUACCAGUUGUCUCGGUCAUCUAUCGCGCAUUUGUCUUUCGGCUGUUUUCG